AUGCUCAUCCAAGAGUACUUAAAUAUCAUGGAGGAAGCUCCAAAGGAAGUCCAAAAGGCCAUCAUCCAGCUGACCGAGCUGGAGCACUCGGUGUCGUCAGAGAAAAAAGAGCUGGACAGAGAGAUAGAGAGAAUCCACACGAUACUGGAAGAAGACUACACGACAAAAGGAGAAGAAAAGGAUGCCAUUGAUAGACAAUUGCGGAUAAUAAACAGAUGCUAUCUGAAGCUGCUGGACACCGACAAAAGAAAACUGGCUCUUGUCACCUCCCUCAAAAAUCAGCUGGAAAGCACAAAAGAGACAAUGAAAGCGUCGUCAUACGAAUUUAAAGAAGGAAUAUCCAAGAGCUGUCUAUCUAUAAAACUCAAAAAGAUUCUUUCUCUUCUGGACUACAAAAUAGAAGAAGACAACAAAGAGGAAGAAAUACUCUGCUGUACAUGCAAAAGACCUAGCAAAGGAGAAAUGAUUGUGUGCGAUAACCCCGAGUGUCCGAUAGAGUGGUUCCACACGGCAUGUGUUGGAAUAAAGGGAAUUCCCAAGAAAAAGUGGAUGUGCAAUUUAUGCAGCAAGAACGAAUAA